UAUAAACACUCCUCUUACUCUCACAGUACACAGGCUGACAAUGGCAGAGUUGACGUACACUGAGAAGUUCAGCAGCAGCUCACAGGAUCUUCACUGUGUAAUAAAUGAGGAGAUGAAUAUCAGACCAUGGAAAGGUCGCUUGUGGAGUGAAAAGUGUUGCUUUGUUCUGAUGGGUGGCACUAUCAUAAUCGUCAUGGCUUUGUUAACGGCAGUCUCUAUAACCUUGAAUCAACAAUACAGUAAAAUGACUGAGGUGGAGAACAAGGUGGUCAGUUUGGCAUCAUCUUUUGCUUUGCUUUCUUCAAACCAACAAGAAAUGAAACAGCUGUAUGGAAAACUCACUGAAGUAGGGAAUGAGGUGGCCAAUCUGACGUCAGGUUUUGCUUUGCUUUCUUCAGACCAACAAGAAAGAAAUGACAGACUUAUGGAGAUGGUCAAUGAACUUAAAGCUGAUCUGGAGACCAGGAUAGCAAAUCUGACUCAGUAUAAACCUGUUCUGAGAUGUAAAGCAGGGUGGCAACAUUUCCUAUCCAACUGCUACCUGAUGCCCAGCACUAAACUGACCUGGCCAAAGGCACGCUUAUACUGUAAUGGGAUAGACAGCUUGCUGCUCAUCCUGGGGAAUGACAGCAGGGAGUGGGACUAUUUUAUGCAAUACGCUAUUCUUACAUCUGAAUCUUACUGGAUUGGACUUACAGAUUUAAUUACCAGCCAGUGGAGAUGGAUUGAUGGAAAGCCAUACGUCAUGAACAGCAGUCAUUGGGAACCAGGAGAGCCUAAUGAUGUUUUAAACAAGGAAGACUGUGGGGAAUUAACUGCAUCUGGGAAGCUGAACGAUGCCCAAUGCUCAAAGUCUUUCCAAUUUAUCUGUAAAACACCAGCCACUGAAAACUAACCACUUUAAACAGUACAUAUCCUAAGACAAAUGCAGAAGUCAAACAGUGGAAACUGCUUAAUUCAUUGGAUUAAAAAUGAAACGUCCCAUUCUGAUAGCUGAAGCCAAUUCAUUUUACAAGAGUGUUUUUUAUAUGCAUAGAAAGAAUAUUAAACAUCUAUUUAGCA